CUAAAAUACCCCUUGACUCCCCAAAUCGCUCACUCUCUCUCCCCCAGCGAGGCGGUGCCGACUCCUCAUCGAUGCGCCACCGGCCGCUCGACUCUCCAUCGACGCAACGCUAGCCACUCGACUCCCCAUCGACGCGCCGCCGACCCCUGGACUUGGCGCCACCAUCCCUGUCGUCUGCCCGCCGUGGCUCCACCGCCGCCGUCCUGGCGACGCCGCUUGUAGCGUGGCCGCAACCGGCCACUGACUGCGCCUUCGCCGUGGGCGUCCUGGCGCUUCCAUCCUCUCCGCGGCAACCACCUCCACCAGCGUCACCGCGACCAGCCGCUGCAUUCUAUCGAACACCUUGGGCGUGUGCUACAUCUUCUUCUUUGCUCCACCACCGCGACAUCGCACUUUAUCAUUCCUCCAUCUCUCGUGUUCAGAAGCAUAAGCAGUACGUGAUCAGAAGCAAAGCUAGCGUGCGUUUGCAAUGGCGGCAGUGGUGACCAACAGGAGGGUGAUCCUGAAGAGGUACGUGACAGGGCUCCCAUCGGAGGACGACAUGGAGGUGGUGACGGCGAAGACGACGCUGGCCGUGCCGGCUGGGUCGGAGGCGGUGAUGGUGAAGAACCUGUACGUCUCGUGUGACCCUUACAUGCGUGGCCGGAUGACCCGUCACGAGGUGCCCAGCUACGUUCCCGACUACGUACCAGGAGAGGUUAUCACUAAUUGUGGCGUGAUGAAGGUGGUAUCAUCUGGGCACCCGGAUUUCAAGGAUGGAGACCUUGUUUGGGGAGUAACCGGAUGGGAAGAAUACACCCUGGUUAACAAUCCCAAGCCUUAUUUGCAUAAGAUCAAUUACCCUGAAUUUCCUCUAUCUUACUACACCGGUGUUCUAGGAAUAGCUGGGCUUACUGCCUAUGGUGGGUUCUUUGAGGUCUCCAAGCCUAAGAAAGGCGACUAUGUUUUCGUCUCCGCGGCAUCCGGUGCCGUAGGUCAGAUUGUUGGGCAACUGGCUAAGAUCACAGGCUGCUAUGUGGUUGGCAGUGCUGGUUCUGAUGAGAAGGUCAAGCUGCUCAAAACUAAGUUUGGCUUUCAUGACGCGUUCAACUACAAGAAGGAGCUGGACCUGGAGGGAGCCCUUAAAAGGUGCUUCCCGGACGGCAUCGACAUCUACUUUGAUAACGUGGGUGGUGCAAUGUUGGACGCCGUGCUGCCGAACAUGCGUAUCGGCGGCAAGAUAACGAUAUGUGGGAUGAUCUCGCAAUAUAACCUGGAGCGGCCAGACGGGGUGCGGAACCUCUUCUACUUAUUCGCCAAGAGCCUACGGAUGGAGGGGUUCCUGGUGAGCAACUACAUUGCAAUAUACCACCGGUAUGAGAAGGAGAUGGCAGGAUACCUGAGGGAAGGAAAGGUGGUGUAUGUGGAGGACAUCGUUGAGGGGCUCGAGGCGGCACCGGCAGCUCUCAUUGGGCUAUUCACUGGCCGCAAUGUCGGCAAGCAGCUGGUCACCAUUGCACGGGAGUGAUGUCGUUGGUUGCAUUGGUAUGUACUACCUCUGUCCCGAAAUAUUACAAUUUUUAGCUACGAAUCUGGACAUAUAGGUGACCAGAUUCAUAGCUAAAAAUUGCUAUAUUUUGGGACGGAGGUAGUACGUACUAACCAUACUUAUUUAUGAAAUCUGAAAUGGAUGUCUUGUUUGUUUUGUCGGGUUCAGAAAUAUGAGAUAAAAUAUUGUGCCGGGCUAGCGAAUUCUAGAAUUGAUCGAUUGACCCUCCCAUUGGAGCAUUACUUUGAUCAAAGAUGCUUUAAGAGGAUCAGACGUCAUUGGAUCAUAAUUAAGAGGGUAAUGAUCCAUGUCUUCGCGG